AUGCCUAGCUCCCGGCGAACCACCGGCCGCGGCGCGGCGCCCCCCGCGCCCGGAGGCGGCGGGGACGACGACCCGCGGGUGCCGCCCUUCACGGGGAACAACACCGACCACAACCCGCGGGACCUGCGCUCCUGGGCGCGCCGCACGGGAUUCCACCCCUCCGCCUUCUUCUCCGGCGAGUCCGCCGUCUCCAACUCCUCCACCGCCACCGCGCACCCCCCGCCACCCCCUCCUCCCCCGGCCGCCUCCCGCCGCCCGCCGCGCCCGCCGGAGCGGGACCCGGAGCCCGAGUUUGACCCCGAUCCGGCGCCGCCAGUCGACCUCGACCGCGCCCGCAACGCCCGCCCCCGCCGCCGCAUCGACCUCCGCGGCGAGCUCGAGAUCCCCCCUACCGCCGCCGCCCCUGCCGCUGCUCCCGUCGAGCUGUCCGCCGAGCCGGAAGCGCCCAGGGAAGGAGGGCGCGGGAGGAGGAACGGCGCCGACCGCCAGCUCGGCGAGACGGAGCCGCUCAAUGCCGGCAGGAACGCCAACGGCGGCGUCCGCGCUGACGCGGACGCCAGGAAGAAGGCGGAGGAGGCCGACGCGAAGCGCAAGGCGGAGGAGGCCGAGGCCAGGAGGAAGAAGAAGGAGGACGAGGAGAGGGACGCCGAGCUGGCUGCCUACUACCAGGAGCAGUGGGCCAACGAGGAGGAGGACGGUGUUGCCCACGGUGCCCAAGAGGGAGAGGCCGCGCCUCUCAGUCGGGCGUCGGGGCUCCGCUGCGCCGUCGCCGAGAACCCAGGCUGGGGUCUCCUCGUAUUUUAUGGCAUACAACAUUACUUGUCAAUAGCUGGUUCACUUGUAUUUAUUCCUUUGAUAAUGGUACCAACCAUGGGCGGAUCUGAUGUGGACACAGCAACAGUCAUAUCCACCAUGUUAUUAGUAUCUGGUCUUACGACAAUACUCCAUACUUUUCUUGGUUCUCGGCUUCCAUUGAUUCAAGGAAGUUCAUUUGUUUAUUUGGCUCCUGCAUUGGUGAUCGCGAACUCUGAAGAAUUCAGAAAUCUAAGUGCAGAUAAAUUCAAGCACAUAAUGAGGGAAUUACAGGGGGCUAUACUUGUUGGUUCAGUUUUCCAAAUAAUCUUGGGGUACAGUGGUCUUAUGUCACUGCUUCUGAGGUUGAUAAACCCAGUCGUCGUGGCACCAACUAUUGCUGCAGUGGGUUUGGCGUUUUUCAGUUAUGGCUUCCCUCAGGCUGGUAGUUGUGUAGAAAUCAGCAUGCCCCUCAUUGUAUUGCUUCUUCUGUGCACCCUGUACCUGAGAAAAAUAUCUCUGUUUGGAAACCGUAUCUUCCUCAUCUACGCGGUGCCACUAAGUGUUGGCAUUAUAUGGGCGUAUGCAUUCUUCCUAACUGCUGGUGGAGCAUAUAACUUCAAGGGCUGUAGUUCAAGUGUACCCAGUUCGAAUAUAUUAUUGGAUUCAUGCAGAAGACAUGCAGAUAUCAUGAGGCGUUGUCGAACUGAUGUUUCUGAUGCUUGGAAAACUGCUGCCUGGGUGAGGGUUCCCUAUCCAUUCCAGUGGGGCCCUCCUACAUUUCAUUUCAAAACAGCUAUCAUUAUGAUGAUAGUUUCAGUAGUUGCAUCAGUUGAUUCGCUUUCAUCAUAUCAUGCUGCUUCGUUGCUAGUCAAUUUAAGCCCUCCAACACGUGGAGUUGUUAGCAGAGGGAUUGGCCUCGAGGGGAUUUCUACUUUUAUUGCCGGACUGUGGGGUACAGGAACAGGAUCGACAACAUUAACAGAGAACAUCCAUACCCUUGACACGACCAAAAUGGCCAGCCGGAGAGCUUUGCAGCUUGGGGCAGCCUUGCUGGUCAUUUUUUCAUUCUUUGGAAAAAUUGGAGCCCUCCUUGCUUCUAUCCCUGUUGCUUUGGCCGCCUCUGUUCUUUGCUUCACAUGGGCGCUUAUUGUCGCUCUUGGCCUGUCCACACUGCGUUAUACUGAAGCCGUAAGCUCAAGAAACAUGAUAAUCGUUGGGUUUACCCUGUUCAUCUCCCUGUCCGUCCCCGCAUACUUUCAGCAAUAUGAACCCAGCUCUAAUCUUAUUCUACCGGGUUAUCUCCUUCCGUACGCUGCAGCAUCGAGUGGGCCAGUUCGGACGGCUAGCAAUGGGCUUAAUUAUGCAGUGAAUGCUCUUCUAUCCAUCAACGUAGUGGUUGCUCUUGUUGUCGCGUUGAUCCUUGAUAAUACGGUGCCGGGGAGCAAGCAAGAACGAGGGGUGUACAUCUGGUCAGAUCCCAAAUCCCUGGAGAUGGAUCCUGCAUCAUUGGAUCCUUACCGCUUGCCCAAGAAGAUUUCGUGCUGGUUCAGAUGGGCAAAGUGCGUCGGCAUCUAACUAGUGAGAAUAGUGCUGAUGAGAGGUGAAGAUUAUAUUUGUUCUAUUGCAAUGUUGUAGGCAUAUAUGUAUACCGAUGCUAUUCAGAUAGGGCCUUCUGCUCUUAGUUCUGAGGUUGUAAAUUUGAAUCAGAUUAGGGGCAGUUACAUAUGUAUUUACAAGUUGGCAGAAAUGGUAAGAUUACUACUCGUACAUGCA